AUGGAAGGAAAACCAAAAUUUCUCUGUAGUGCCAAUGAUCGGGAGCUCACUUAUUUUUCUAAGUUAUUUGAUGAUGAUGUUUUCACUCUCAUUGUAAAUGAAGCAAACUUGUAUGCAAAACAAAAUCGUGGUAGUAGUUGUCCAUCAAACACCUGGGUGGACACAACUACUCAAGAAAUGAGAGCUUAUAUAGGAUGUUUUAUUCUAAUGGGAAUUCUUGAACGUCUUGCUCUCUCUAACUUCUGGAGUUCAGACACUAUACUAAAAGUAGAGCCAAUUGCUAAUGUAAUGACAAGUAAAAGAUUUAAAAAGAUUGUAGAGAAUGUUCACUGUAAUAACAACGAAAUUGCAAAUCCAAGAAAUCGUCGAUAA